GCAACAGAAGGGAAGUGAGGAAGUCUGCAUCGCGCGAGCUUCGAAGGUAGCGGAUGAACCGGCAAGCACGCGUCGUCCGGGCAGCACGCGUAGCGGGAGCGUCCGCCACCAAGCAGUAGACGACGUGACCUGGCCAUCUCCCGCGACCAUGCCACCCCAGCCCCGUCUGAACGCAGUCGCCUUCGUCUCGCCGCAGAACCACCCCAUCCUCAUCCGCACCUUCGCCCAGCCGCGCCAGGAUGAGCUCAAGUACCACUACAUCGCCCACACCAGCCUCGAUGUGAUCGAGGAACGCAUUGCGUCCGCGCAGGCGGCCAAGUCGACCGAGUGCUACCUGAGCCUGCUGUACACGAUGGAGGACGUCGCUGUGUACGGCUACGUCACCCCCGUCCGCGUCAAGAUCAUCCUCGCGGUCGCGCUCACCGACGCCGUCGUCCGCGACGUAGAUGUCAUCGCGAUUUUCAGAGCGAUGCACACUGCGUACCGCAUCUCAGUCGCGAACCCGUUCCUCAAGGUCAACAUGCCCCUUGAGAGCGUAAACGACCACGCCGCCAUGCUCUCCACGGGGAGCACGAAGUGGAAGGCCUUCCGCCAGCGGGUAGACGACGUCGGCAGAGUAAUGGGCGCGUCCAUCCCCUCCUCAACCUCCACCGCCUCCACGCAAUCACAUUGAGUUCACAAUUGUCUGUCGCGAACCUUGACCUUUGGAAGCUCGAACGUGCGCACGUCGGUUCGCGUCCCCGUUUCAGGUCGGCCGGCCUCACUCAUGGUGAUGGCCUUCCACCGUCCGGAACGCGGAUGCACUUCUUCCUCUUCUCUUUGUACUGAGUGCAUCGGGACUAGGCCAGAUAAUGAACCUAGAGUAACAAAUUGCCUUUCCAUUGACUCAGCUCUCGGAGGUCACUUGUGCUGGGACAGAUACGGGGCAGACAGUC